AUGGCUUCUCUGAUCUUGACUAAUGGAAAUAAGCUGGAACUUACUAAGUUUCACAUAGAAUGCAAUACUGAGUGGGUCUUAAACGAAAUCACCUUGCAUCAAACUUAUUAUAACAAUUCUCAAGAAAUAAGUGAAGGGUCUUAUAUUUAUCCUGUAGUCUCUGACUCAAUUGUCUCAAAAUUGAUAAUCAAGUGCGGAGAAAGCGUAAUUGAAGCUCUUGUAUAUGAAAAAGAAGAAGCUAUAGAAAAAUAUAAUGAUGCUAUUGCUGCUGGAAACAAAGCUUACUUAGGAAAGCUUACAGAAGAAUCAUCUGAUAUGAUGGAAUUUCAUCUUGGCAAUUUAUUACCCCAAAGUGAGGUAAAAGUAGAAAUCACUUAUGUCACCCAAAGCGAAUUCAUGAGUGAAACCAAUAAUUAUAGAGUUUAUAUUCCGCAUGUACUUAUACCUCGCUAUUCGCCGUCAGGGUCAAGCAUAACUCAAGAAAUGUCAGUUUCAACUCUCAACUGGACAGGAACGGUCAGUAUCAGAACUCCAAAUAUCCUUACCUCAAUUACUUCCAAUGUUUCAAACUUCGAUAUAUCGGUUCAAAAUGACUACUGGAAGACCCUUAACUUUAGUAUCCUAAAUCAUUAUGAUGAUCUUUGCAUUUACUAUCAAUACAGGGCAUCAGAUGAUCCAUUUAUCGUUUUCCAGCAAGACCCAAGAAAUCAAAAAUACGCUUUUCACCUUUCAUUUACCCCACAAAAAAAUGACACUGACAGCCCAGUCUGGGAACCUAAAGGAGAAUUUAUUAUUCUUUUAGAUAGAAGUGGAUCGAUGGAAGGAGGAAGCAUCAAACUAGCUAGAGAAGCAGUGUAUUUAUUUAUAAAAUCUCUUCCGGAAGACUCUUAUUUCAAUGUUGUUAGCUUUGGUAGCUCGUUUAAUAAGCUUUUCCAACAAAGUGUUAGAUAUGAGCAAGAUAAAAUUGAAUUCGCCUGCAACACAGUAAAAACUUUUGAUGCAGAUAUGGGAGGAACAGAAAUAUUAGAACCUAUUAAAUCGAUUUUGUCAGAGCCUAAUAGAAGUGAAUAUUUGCGCUAUGUUUUUAUUUUAACUGAUGGAGAGGUAGGAAAUGCAGCUGAAAUAAUAAAUUAUAUUAAAAACCAGAAAACCCCUUCCCAAAUCAGCACUAUAGGCAUAGGAGCUGGAGUUUCUACUUAUUUAAUAAAUGAAGUUGCGAAAGUAGGCCAUGGAUCUGUUCAUCAUAUUUUAAAUUCUUCAGAAAUUAAAUCAGGGGUCAUUUCUUCGCUCAAAAAAUCUUUACUGCCAGGCAUAAGCAAUAUUGAAAUUGCUAAUCCCCACGAAUUCGAGCUUGUUGGCCAUAAAAAUCCUUUUAGCUCAUUCUAUGGAAGUAAAAUAAGCUACUCAGGGAUAUUAAAGCAGGGAAGUACACCUGAGAAAAUAUCAGUGAAAUAUACAGAUGAUGCAUCAAAGAAUGACCAUUUAAUUGAUUUUUCUAUUAAUUAUGAAGGAAUGUUGAAAAGCUCUGCAGCUUUAGUAACAGCAGUUAAAAAUUAUUUUAACGACUGCGAAAAGAAUGAAAUUAUUGAAAAAUCAAAGAACUACCAAGUCUUAAGCAAGUAUACUGCAUUUUUGGGUGUUGAAAAGGUGAAAAAUCCAAAUCUAAAAAAUUAUAAUUCUGAUGAGGAAGAAUGUGAGGAAGAUUCUGAUGAGGACGAAUGUGAGGAAGAUUGUGGCGCGGAGAUAAACGAAGCACUAUGCGAAUGCUUAUGUGCGCAAGAGGAUUAUGAGUUAAAUGAGGAGUAUGAGAGUUUGGGCAUUGAAGAAGUAAAAAAUAUGGCUUCUGCACGGGCAUUUGAUUAUAGUGCAAGGGAAAUAGAUAUUUAUGAAGAAAUUAAGCCUGAACUUAAAUCGAAGAGUGCAAGUAAAGUGGAAUAUGUUGAAAGCUUAAUUGGUUAUCAAUUCGCAGAUGGUCAUUGGGAAUUUUCAAGAGAAUUAGAAUUGUUAAUAAACUACUUCCUUGGAAAUCAAGAAAUUAGAGAUAAAGCAGCACCUUCUAUGACUUUAUUGGUAGUUGGCAUACUGAUAGAGAAGUGCAGAGAGCAUGAAGAAAUUUGGGAUUUAAUAGUAAAUAAAGCCAAGAGAUGGCUGAAGAAAAAUGGAGUUCAAGAAAGGAGCUUGCAUGACUUAGGCUAUUAA